GAGUGUGUGUGGAGGUGUGAGUGUAUGUGUGUGUGUGUGUGUGUGUGUGAGAGAGUGUGUGAGAGUGUGUGAGUGUGUGUGGAGGUGUGUGGAGGUGUGUGCGUGUGUGUGAGUGUGAGUGUGAGUGUGUGUGUGUGUGUGUGUGUGAGUGUGUGUGGAGGUGUGAGUGUAUGUGUGUGUGUGUGUGUGUGUGUGUGUGUGUGUGUGAGAGAGUGUGAGAGAGUGUGAGAGAGUGUGUGAGAGUGUGUGAGUGUGUGUGGAGGUGUGUGGAGGUGUGUGCGUGUGUGUGAGCGUGUAUAUGAGAGUGAUAUGGGAGUGGUGGUGUGUGUGCUGCGUGGCUUCUGCUUUUGUGUGUGGGAGAGAGAGCAGCCGGUAGAUGGUCCGCCCGGGCAGGAAGUGAGGCGCCUCCUCUCCGCUGCCGUGUCCCGCGGGCCGCCCUCAGUGCGCAGUUCUUGGCAGCCGCGCGGCGGGUAUCUGGCGGGUUCGAGCGGCGCUGCUGUCCAUGGCGUCUGCGGUUCCUGGCUCGGCGCACGGGGCCCAGCAGCUCUCCAGAGCCGUCCUGGCGCUCACCGUGUUCACCAUCACCUCCUCGUCCCUCUGCGCUCUGGCGCUCCUCCACACCAUGGCGCUCCAGGCCGAGGUGGCGGCCCUUCGCGGCGAGGUCCUCCGCAGGAGGGAGGAGGACCGGCGGGGUCCCGCGCCCCAGCUGUCCCGGGACGGAGGAGAGGGGCUGCGGCUGAGCGGUGAAAUGGGGAGCGGCCUUGGCAAGGUCCCCGCACACCCGCAGCAUGGCACCCUGGCCGUCCGGAAGAGGAGAGCAGACCCGGCCGAGGUUGCAACAGUGCUGCACCCAUGUUUGCACAUGAUGCCCGACAGCAAGAGAAGCCUCAUCGAGAAAGACUCCCAAACGGCCAUACCCUGGCAGGCUGGUCUGAGACGUGGCUCUGCUCUGGAGCAGGACAAUGACACCAUCCUGGUCAAUGAGGAGGGGUUCUACUUCGUAUACGGUCAGGUCUACUACAUGGACAAGACGUUUGCCAUGGGCCACGUCAUCACCCGCAGGAAGCAGACGGUUGUGGGUGACGAGCUGAGGACCGUGACGCUGUUCCGCUGCAUCCAGAGCAUGGACGCACAGUACCCCUUCAACACCUGCUACACGGCAGGGGUGGUGAAGCUGGAGGCGGGGGAUCGCCUGGAGCUCCUGAUCCCGCGUAAGACCCCCAAGAUCCUGCUCGACGGCGACUCCACCUUCUUCGGGGCCGUCAGACUGGCGUGACGCGUUACCCUGGCGACCAGCGAAGCGCUGCUGGGAGGAGCUGGGAGCAGUGUUGGCGGUGUGUUUGGUGGAGGCGCGGUGUGUUUGGUGGAGGCGCGCGGCAGGGAGGCUGGGGCAGGGUUCAGCACUCUAACCGCCGCUCACCGUCUGAACGGGAAGUGGUGCGCGCUGCACAGGAAGCUGGUGGCUGGGCUGGGUGUGAUUGCUGUCGGUUGGCGGGGGAGGUGUCGCUGGUUUUUCCCAGAAAGCAGUUCACGGCGAGCAGAAUAUAAAGUCGGUGUUUCUGCCUGGCCCAGUCGGUCAAAUGAAAAAUUAAAGAUCACAUAUUUCCGUCUUCAGCCCACCCUCCCACGUUGAGCUGUUCCCGGGUGUCUCUGGGGUUCCAGGCCCAUUGUUCCUCUGCCUUCUGCGGUGUGUCACAUUCUCCCACGGUGUUCAUAGGCCUUGCACAUCAUGGCACUCCGAAAGAGAAGACACGUUAUUACCAGCAGCUCAUGCAGGAACGGCAGCGCUGUGUACUGCAUGUAGAGUGGUGUCACUGCGUGUGAUAUUACGCUGCAUAUAGCGUGUGGCGAUCAACAGAUUGUCACUUGCAGCGCCGUCCGUAUGUAUUUGGACAGUUUCUGUAAUGGCUGUUAUUGGCACAACUCUGGGCCUCAUGUUGACAAACGCCAAUAACAGACUCCAAAGGACAUCAAAAGCCUAGAAUCAAGACUAGACACUGAAAGCUUUCUUAUACCUAUACUAAGGAAGCGAUUGAAUAAACCUGACUAUUGAGAAGCAGCCAACCGUCCAAUUACUUUUGGUCCCAUAAAAUUGGGGGGGGACUAAGUAUAAAAAGGGGUGUGGUUCCUGUACCCAUCAUGCGAUAUGGGUGUAAAUACCCUCAAAUUAAAGCUGACAGUCUUUUGUUGUUUAAUUUCAUAUCCAAUGUGCUGGACUACAGAGCCAAAAUAACUGAAACUGUACCAACUGUCCAAAUACUUACAUACUGCACUGUAUAUUGUGGUUGUUUUGAUGUCUCUGUGAAUGAUCGUCUCAGUGUAUUUCGUGUUAUGCUAUAUUCUGUAGAUGGUAGUACAAAGCUUUAGAUCAGGGGUGUCCAGUCUUAUCCAGAAAAAGCCGGUGUGUGUGCAGGUUGUUGAGGUUGUUGUUUUAGCACAGGACAAAGACAGCUGAUUCUACUCAUCAAGGUCUUGAUUAAAGACCACGAUUAGAUCAUUAGUAUAAUCAGGUGUGUUACUGCUGGGCUAAAACAAAAACCUGCACCCACGCCGGCCCUUUUAGGAUAAGAUUGGACACCUCUGCUUUAGACAGUCCGACAGGUGCAGUAGCGAGCAUUUGGCCACUAGGCGGAAGCAGUGAGCUGAUAUUCCUCACUGCAGUCGUAAAUGAUGAAUGAUGGCGGUUUAAAAAUGAGAACACCUCGUCUUCGCAUACAUGCUUCACGUUUACAAAACCACCCCUUCAGCUAAAGAGGAAGUGUCUUUGCAGAAUGUCAAAUACAACUGAACUUUUAAAAAAUUAAAACCAAUCAUUUUGAAUGGACUCAAAAUAAAAAAAAAUGUUUUAUUGGUUUAAAGAA